UUUUCUGCUACUCUUUGCUCUCUUUCCGAGUGGCUUCCUUUGCCCUGCAAGUGGAGUGGGGCUCUGUUUUGGCCCUAGGAGGUCUGAAAGCUAUACCAGCCCCUGCGCGCCCCACGCAGGCCCCAGCGUUAAUUAACCAGCGGGUCUCUCCUGACAGCCCAGCCCCCGUAUCAUCUCCCAGGUCCAGGACCCUGUGGGGGAAAGGGCCCGUCAAGUCACAGACCCAGCGCAAAGGGUGAUCGAGGAGAACCUUCCAGGAACCGUUCCAGAUCCUAAACGGUCUGCUGAGAUGCCCAUCAUGGUAGAUGACGUCAUGAAGCUUCUGUGCUCCAUCUGCCAGGAUAGGAAGAUGAAAGCGGCCGUCAAGCACUCUGGAAGGGGUGCCAUGGUUGCGGGGACAAUGGCCUUCGUCGGUGGCUUGGUUGGUGGCCCACCAGGAUUAGCCGUUGGGGGCACCGUUGGGAGCCUGUUAGGUGCCUGGAUGACGAGUGGACAGUUCAAGCCUGUUCCUCAGAUCCUAAUGGAACUGCCCCCCGCUGAACAGCAGAAACUUGUUAACGAAGCCACGGCCAUCAUCAGGAACUUGGACUGGACAGAUGCGGUGCAGCUGACUGCUCUGGUCAUGAGCAACCAGGCCAUGCAGCAGAAGCUCUUGGCCAUGCUAACGACCUAUGUCACCAAGGAGCUGCAGGCUGAGAUCCGCUAUGAUGACUAGGUCCUGCCCCCUGGGGAGUGGGGCUCUCAUUUUUAGAUGACUCUGUGAAGGUGACCAGGGAAUGGGGAAACCCUGACAUGUACUUCUGUGAAACUUGUUUAUUACCAGCAUUGAUUGUAA